GAUCCUCACUGACAUAUGAGACAGACUUCAUAUGGAGAAUCAUCAUAGGUAAAUUUACUAUUGCACUAUACUCUUUUUGUUGGACUAGAACAAUAUUUGAGAACUGGAUAAUUUUGCCUAAGUACUUUAUUGGAUCACUAUCUGAAUCUACCUGGUUGAACUUUGUGAACCCGAACCUGAGUCUCCGAAACACAGGGGUCUAGACACCUCUUGAUCGCAGACAAAGCGGCAUUCACACAGUGACACAUCAGGUCCAGAAGUGAUUAGCAAUACAAGGAAACAGCCAAAUACCAGUUCCAAUAUAUUGAGUCUAUACACAGGGUUGGAAGUGAAUAGUAUUAAGAUAUUGGAAUUCGGAAUCUAGCAUUAUUGCUGUGAGAAUACCAAUUACAGGAAAGUGACCAAGGGGUUGAGCAUUUAAGUGUCCAGCUCUGAGACCCCUGUGUUUGUGGAGAAGGGACAGGAUGUUCGUCUGGAUGUCCCGGGAUAUAUGACAGUUAAAGAGAACCUGAAAAGGUUGAAUAGUUUUAAGUGGAUGUUUAACACAUCAGACAAUGUAGUAACAUACAUCCAUGAAAUCGAGUCACAAGUCACCCCUAAAUACCAAGGCAGGGCUGAGUUUAUUGAGGGAAACUUCUCUCUUCUGCUGAAGAACCUAAAUGAAGGAGACAGUGGAUGUUAUACUGCAGCAGUGAGUGGGCAAAAUAACAAAGAUGUUGCAAAGUACCAGAUAUCAGUUCAAGAGAGAGUUGAGCCUCCAGUCCUGACAGUGAACUCUGUCUCCUUCAUCAAUGCCAUCUGUAACGUGACAGUGACCUGCAGAGGUCAGAAAACCUCUGUCACCUCCAGCUGUAACAACAGCACCUGCUCUCAGGUGGGAGGAGAGAGUAGAGGGGCUGAGACCUCCACUGUCCCCCUGCUCUCUGUCUAUGUGGCAGGGGGUUCCAUCAUCUGUAACCACAGCAACCAAGUCAGCUGGGCCAACGACACCAAGGAGAUCAAAACUAUUUGUGUAUCCAAAUCUAAGCGGGACGAAGCAGACCACAACUACGCUGUCACAGUCCGGAUACAAAGUCCUGUCAUCAUCAUCAUCUUUGUUGUAUGCGCCCUGAUUCGUUGGUGAAAGCUAAACAAAGAAUCCAAGUAACAGUCUCCAGGUCCAGCAUCACAGGUCUCCAGGUCCAGCAUCACCCACCAUCUACAGUGAGAUGGGACAUCCCCACACCCAGCCUGGUAACCACCCAACCAUGGUGGGAGACUACCGUCCCUCUCUGACCAUGCUUACAAUAAUGCCUUAUAAUGCUUGUUAACGCUUUGUACUGUAUGUGAAUCCAUACAUUUUGCAUAGUAAUUAAAUACACUUGUAUUUAGAAUUCCAUUCUCAUAAAUGUCUUCAUUGCCUAAUACAGUAACUGUACUAUAGUCUCUUGCAUAUUGCUAAUCAUCUUUAUGGAGUCAGAUAAACAAUGUAAUAGGUGUCGUAACGUGACUAUCAUUAAAUGUGAAGACUGUUAUA